AUGGCUUCAGGCAGUUCGCAGGAAAUAUUUGAGUCUUCUGUUUUGCUGGACAAUAUUGAUUUAACACUUCUCAUCCAGCAGAUUACACAGCAUAUUGUAGAACAAAUUAUGCAAGCUUCCAAUCAGGAAGUGCUGAGAAGGGUUACACCCCUUGAUGACAACAAUGGAAUGCUUUUAAACCACAGUGAACGUGAGCAAACAAGUUCAAGUCCUGGAAACUUUACUGACUUUUCUAUCUCAGCAAAUGUGAACAGUUGGUUGGAUUCCCCUGCUAGUUUACAAGGAGCAACUAACACAUCUACCUCAAACAGCAACAACAUUACAUCGAGGGAACAGAUUGCAGCCUUAGAAAAGUUGCUAUAUAAAUGCAAGUCCCUGCAAAGUGACAAUACAUUCUUGGAAGAGAGUGUUAAAAGGGGUCAUUUUCCAAAAGGAUUACGCUUUUGGAAAUAUCCACAAGGGGUUACUGUCAACAGUGUAUUCCACUUUGUGUUGUUGGAACUCUUUGAUAGAAUGGGUUUGGACCUUACCCGUUUACUUAUCAAAGACAACAUCUGGAAAACAGCACCGGGACUUUCUAUUCCUUCACAGGAACAGUCUAUUGUGAUCAACUCGGGGUCAUGCUUCCUCUGUUUGGUGGACGUUGUUCCUGUUAGAAACGAAGAUGGUGCUGUAAUAAUGUUCAUCAUGAACUUUGAAGUAAUGACUGAAAGAGAUCUGUCUUCCUCUCCAGAACGGGAUGCCAAUCACAAGGUCCCACCUCCCUGGUUCACUUCAGGGCGUGGAAGGGGAUUUAAACUUAAACUGCCCACGCUACGUUCGCUUACAGCCAGCAAGCAGUCCCUGCCGCAGGAAGACCCAGAGUCCGUUAUAGUAGAUUUCUCCAAGCACAGUGCAGAGUCUGUGGCUAUGGAUGAGGUGAAUUCUAUUACAGGCAACAACUGCAUCAGUUCUCAGCCUGAGGACCAAAAAGCUCUGAUAGAAUCUGAGAAUCAAGCUGGUUUGGAGGAGGCAGAAAGAAGCACAGAGCCAAUGGACCACUCAUCUCCCAGGGACAACAAAGAUUUCCACCUCAACCUGGAUAUGUCCUUUUCUAACUACAGCUUGACCCGCAGUCGGUCCAGAGAUAGCUGCUACAGUGUGCGAAGAGCAUCCUCAGUUGAUGACAUAGAGGCUAUGAAAGGGGAUAUGGACAAGAAGUUUCGAAGUCGUCAUGCCAGUACAGGUGCAAUGAAUCACAUCAGAUCCAAUCUACUCAAUUCCACCUCAGACUCUGACUUAAUGAAGUACCGUACUAUCAACAAAAUCCCUCAGAUCACUUUGAACUUUGUAGACUUUACUGUGGAUCCAUUCAUUACCUCACCUUCCACUGAGAAAGAGAUCAUUGCACCAACGAAGCUGAAGGACAGGACACACAAUGUCACUGAGAAGGUCACACAGGUAGGAGUGAGGUUUUGCCUUGGAUCUCUUUCUUAA